AAUGGUUGUCAGCAAAGCUAUCAGAGCUACCGGAUGCGCUUCAUGUCGUUUAUCCUUAUUAAAGAAUCUUAUAUCACUCCCAAUCCGGACUGUUCCAGCAACUGGGAGAUUCCACGCGACUAAACUUGCGAGGCAACAAACCCGCUUUUCAUCUCAUAUACGGCCAAGUGAACAGGAGGAAGCUUCCAAGCAUGAGGUUUAUUUCGAAAACAAAGAGUUCUUAGACGAGGACAAAGCAGGUAGGGAGGAAGUCAAGAACGAAGUUUCUCAGUUUGAGGAUUUUCCGGAAGAUCGAGACCUUUUAGAUGAGAGCAACGCAAUUGGGGAAGACGUUGAGAACUCAGUUACUUCUGUACCAUGGUACCUGCAAGUCGAAGCUCCUCAGCUAACACCAAGAACUCUUUCCGAACGUCAAAUAAUUCCAGAUCUACCAGAAUCGCCGCCUCCAAUUCUUCAACCUAUGCUCCAACAGCUCUCCGUCGAUUUAGGUCUUGAUGAUCUUACACUACUAGAUCUUCGAAAACUUGACCCUCCACCUGCACUGGGAGCAAAUUUGAUAAUGCUUAUUGGAACUGCACGAAGUGAAAAGCAUUUACACGUCUCCGCGGAUCGACUAUGUCGAUGGUUGAGAAGUACAUAUAAGUUACGUCCAAGCGCAGAUGGAUUAUUGGGAAGAAAUGAAUUGAAAUUGAAAUUAAGACGCAAAUCACGGAGAGCUAAGCUUUUAGGCAGUGCGGCUGACGAUAAUGGCGAUGAUGGGAUAAGAACAGGUUGGGUUUGCGUUGAUAUUGGUGUGGUUGAGAGCCCAGAUAUGCAUGCGAAUGCUAUUCCUGAGGGCGAUGGGUUCGUGGGUUUUGGAAGACGGACCGAUGGAGUUAGGGUUGUCGUUCAAAUGCUCACCGACGAAAAGAGACAAGAGAUCGAUUUGGAGAAAUUAUGGGGUGGAAUUUUACGAAGGUCAGGUCAAUCGGAAGUUGAAGACAAAGAGGUAGUUGAAGAUGUAGAGGUUGGAGAGCCAAUAUCUACAAUGAAUCCUCAACCUUCACAACAUACUUCAAAAACAACCCUAAAAUCUCGAGGUUUUCAAGUUCCACAAAUCCGACAAUUCCACACUGUAGUAGCAAGAAAAUCUGACACUGCAAUGGACCAACACUCAGACGGUAUCUUAUCCUCACCACAGCGAGACGGACAAAUUGAAAACAGUAGACUAACAGAGCUUCAGCGAUCAGUACUUGCCCACUUCUCUUAUGGUGAAUUCGGAAAGGCAACAAACGAUGUAUUGGAGUACAGUGCCCAUGACUCAGAGUUGGAUUGGCAAAAUUUCCUGUUGCACCAUCUGAGAAUGUAUCUUGAAAAUGUCUCAGUAGAACAGGCAAUGCUCGAUUUGGGCAGCGGUUAUACCCCGGGGGAUACAUCCUUCCUCAAAUGUUUCAAAUAUGCUGUGGCUGAUAUUGGAGAACCUCACCACCACACAUCCUUCAAGUGGGAUUACGUUUUCUGGUUAUUCCAUUAUGCUCAAGACAUUGGUCAUCCUGGGUUUGAGGCCAUGAAAUUAAUAAAGUUGUUCAAAAUAUUUAAAAGCAAGAAAUUUGACGAUGGUGAUAUAGCUGAUGAAUAUUACCACAAAAUUAUACGUACCAUACUUGAACCUGUCCGAGGCCCUUCAGGCACAGGUUACGCUCCUUCACAUCUUAAAGUCCGGCUCGCAUUGAUGGUCAUUCAAACAAUGUAUAGGCGAGGCCACAAAAUUCUUACCGAAGACAUGUUCGUGACUUUGCAAGAGGCCACAGAACGUACUUCGGAACUCGAUGUCCUGACUGUUCAACCGAAAGCAACCAUCAAUGACUCUCUCGGACUACCUACAAAAGCCAUGACACCAAUUCAACGUCGAAUCCAUGCUCUAAUGGUAAAUCUCGAUUUACCUCCUUUUUCCGAUGUAUCUAGAAUGCGAUUGAUGCAAUUAUAUGCACGAAAUGGAUAUUGGGUAGCCUUUUGGGAUAUCUGGAGGUUGCCACUUCGUCAGUCCAAACCACAAUCAUUUGACAUGUAUACAUAUAUGUUUCAGAGGGUAGCAGAGACGGGACACCAGGAAGGUUGUAUGAAAACAUUACGCACUUGGAUUGGAGAUUUAGAUCGAGAGGAUUCCCUCGUGAAACUGGAAGGGGAAAUUGCAGAAGCUGUUAAAGCUUGUUUGAUGGUUGCGCAUGCGGAUAUUGAGCAAGAAGCAAUUGAGAAUCCUGAAAGGCCUGGGGAAUGGUUUUCCUUAUGGAGAAGAUGCCAUGGAGGAGAUGAACAGUGGAGAAAUCUUGUCGAGGCUAUGGUUGCCGAACAUGAGCAAGGAGCUGCCGAAAGUGACGAUGCUGAAUUGAAUGAGAAUGCUGCUAUGAUGACUGAUCAGGAAUUUGAUCAAGUUUACGAUGAUGAAUAUGAUGAGACUCUAGCCACGGCUGGCCGGGGCUAAUUGUGCUAAUAUAACCUUCCAGCAAGAAACGGAGCAAAAGGGAAAUGCCAAUGGACGUGGAUGACAGAACAUCUACGGAUUCGUCGAGGCUCAAAACGGAUAGAGACUACAUGAAGAAAUUACGACAUGAGUGUUAAUGUAUAGGGACAAGAUUGAAGAUAUUUUGAGCACAGAAGCUUGUUUUUGAGUGGCAACGGGGAGUUAUCCUAUAUUUGCAUGUAUAUACCUCUUUGAGGAAAUUAAUAUCACUUCCUUCAUAAAGGAGUUUGGCUUUGGUAACUGGGUACCUACAUGUGAUGAUGGAAGGACCAUUAAAUAACAUUGGAAGCUGGUUCUCGGAGUCAUUUUACUACUAUUACUUUUUUCUUGCCCGACAAAGUACAGUAAGAAGAAAAU